GCAGACAUGCGUCAUACUUAGAUUGUUCGACCAAGGGUGGCAUUUAAAUAUCAGUUGUUUAUUAUUUUAUCAUUAAGUGUUAUUUGUUGUAUCAUAAAUUUCUCUUGUUUUAUUUUCAUUUAAACAAAAAAAUGAGACACAUGAUGAUUAUUUGGAUUUUGGUUGUACUUACAAUUGUUAACUGCGAAGAGGCAACAAAUAAAUCCGAUAAUAAAAUUCCGUCCAGCAAGAAAGUUGGCAAACGAGGUUUAUGGGAUUUAGGCUAUGGUUACAGCGACCACGGGCAUGGUUACGGUACCUUGGGAGGAUAUGGUCUUGGUAGUACAUUAAAUGGUUACUCAGGUCACUUACCGCACGUUCAUCGUCAAUAUCCAACUCAUAUCCAUACAGCCACUACUAUUACCAAGAGUGUUCCGGUACCACAGCCAUAUCCGGUAACCAUAGAGAAGCAUAUACCUUACCCAGUAGCAGCACCUUAUCCCGUCGAAGUGCCUAAACCCUAUCCAGUUGCUGUUCCUAAGCCUUAUGCUGUAGGAGUUGAGAAACCAUAUCCUGUUCCUGUUGACCGGCCGUACCCUGUACAUAUUCGAGUACCCGAACCAUAUCCAAUUCCAGUAGUCAAACAUGUCGAAUACCCUGUACACCACGCUCACGCCUAUCAUAUAGACGUACAUAAAUCAUACCCUUCGUUGCCACUGCCUAUCCAUAAACCAUUAUACUCAGACCAUGACUUAUGGUAAACCUAUGUAUUUUUUGUGUUAAGUAACUGUGUUAGGUUUAAGUUCAUGAUAUUGCCAUAUGUUUUUAAUAAAAUCAAGAAGUUGGCUGCAUCGCAGACAUUUUUUACAAGCUAUUUCUUCGGAGCCAGCGUGGCGACAAAUGAAUUUUUUUAUAAAACCUAUUUUUUUCUGUAUUUGUUUUCUAGAUAAUUCUUGUCAUUUAUAAUUUUUUACCAUGUUGAAAAUAUAAUGAAGUAGAAAAAACCUAUUGUACACAUUUUGUAUUUUGACCGUUGUUUCAAAUUGUAAAAUUUGUAAAAAAAUUUUAUAUACUUAAUGAAAUAAAAAACAAAACAGAAUAUGUUAUUUUUUUA